GAUCACGAGUGCUCUCCCACCGCCACCACCACCCACCAGCGCAAGGCCACGCCACCGCUCCUUACCUUUUCCCCUCUUUUGUUCUUUCAUUCGCGAAUCCCGUCUUCUUCCUUUCUUGGCCUUCUCCAUCGGGCCCUCCUCACCGCCGAGAAGAGAUCUCCUCUCCCACACGAGGAGGACAGCAGGGGAGAGCGAUGGGCGGGCGGGUGGAUCACGAGUACUCUUACCUGUUCAAGAUGGUGCUCAUCGGGGACAGCGGCGUCGGCAAAUCCAAUAUCCUCUCUCGCUUCACGCGCAACCACUUCUCCCUCGACUCCAAGUCCACCAUCGGCGUCGAGUUCGCCACCAAGUCCCUGCAGCAAAGAAGGUUGUUGGCAUGGCUUACUCUCUAUACCAAGACAAAGUACUAAUGAAGAAGAAACAGAUGGAUGGCAAAACAAUAAAGGCUCAGAUCUGGGACACAGCUGGGCAGGAAAGGUACCGUGCAAUUACAAGUGCCUACUACCGUGGUGCCGUGGGAGCCCUGCUUGUGUAUGACAUCACAAAGAGGCAGAGCUUCGAGAAUGUUCACAGGUGGCUUCGUGAACUCCGUGACCAUGCUGACUCCAGUAUUGUGAUAAUGAUGGUCGGUAACAAAUCUGACCUAAUCCACUUGAGAGCUAUCUCUGAGGAUGAAGGCAAAGCGCUGGCUGAGAAGGAGGGGUUAUUCUUCCUUGAGACGUCAGCUAUGGAGGCUAUAAACGUUGAGGAAGCCUUCCAGACUAUUAUCACGGAGGUCUAUGGCAUUGUCAACAGGAAAGCGCUGGCUGCCAAAGAAGCAGCUGCUACAACUGCUACAUUGCCUUCCCAGGGCAAAACCAUCAGCAUUGACAGCACUGCAGGAAAUACAAAGAGGGCAUGCUGCUCUACCUAAAAAUGUAAUUGGGCUUCAAACGUCAAAUUGGACAGAACCUUGGCGAAAAUUGUUGGUAUAAAAUGGAGCAUAGUGAUCACAAAUGGUGUGGAGGCAAUAUCUACUCUUAUUCUAUUCUUUUCUUUUCCUUAUUGUGUGGACAAAAUAGAGUACAAGUUGUUUGUCUAGUGUUUCUGAAUCAAAAGUUAGAUAUUUGUAUUAGGAUUCAUACCAUUUAUGUUCUCAAAGUUAAAGUGACCUUGCAAUAUAACUCUGAAUCAUAUAGUCUCAAGUUACUACAAAAUUCAAGUGUGAAUUUAUCAUGCUUACAUUC